AUGGCAAUUCGACAUUUUAAGAGACGAGAAAUCCAACCGCAAGAAUCUUCAUCUUCAUCUUCAGACGGUGAUAACAAUGAUGAACCAUUAUUAGAAAAUAGUGAAGUUGAGCCGACUCUCGAUGACAACGAAAGGGAACUAAAGCAAGAUGAAAAGUUACAAGAUGAUAGUAAACCUGUUUUAGCAACUCGAGCUAAUAAUUUAGUAGCUGCUAGCGCAAGUGUUGAAGAAGAGGAAGAGGAGAGCCAAACAGAUGAUUCAAGCGCAAAUGAAAGUGAAAGUGAAAGUGAUGAUGAUAUCCAACUCUUCAGACCUGUGUUUCUUAAACGUUCCAAAGGUGAUGAUGCCACAACAGAAAAGCAAAGCAAAAAAUUGAAGACUGAUUUUAAUGAUGAUAAUACUGAAAUGAUGAGACAUGCUGCUCUCUUAGACAGAACUGAAAAAGAAAAUCAAUUGAUACAGGAAAGAUUGAAUUCUCAAAAUCAACUCUCCUCAAAUUAUAGCACAGAUCAAGAGAUCCUACGAAGGGCAAUUGAGUUAAACGAUGAUGAUUCGAUUGAUCCUGAAAAUGAAAGGAAGCUGUGGCUGGAAAGACAAGACCUAAGGAGCCAAAAGCGCAGAGAAAUCUUAGUUGCCAAACAAAGAGAACUGGAAGAAUAUGAAGCAAAGAAGUUGUCAAAUAGCAAGAAUUUAUGA